AUGCAUCUGGUCAAUCUCGAGAAGGAUCGGUUCUGGCAUACAUCAUUUGAGGAGCUCCCGUCGCCUCUAUAUUCUGCAUCAGAAAAGGGAUUAGAAGCAACAGUCAAAGGGUUGCUUUCUAAAAGCACUAAUCCUGGUAUGAUGGUAAAAGGCCAGAAUUGGAGGUACGACGCAUUGUUUGAGGCUGCGUCGAAAGGCCACCUGGAUAUUCUAGAGUUGUUGCUCAAGACGGUAGACGAGAUACCUCGAGAAGUGGUCUGCUCCAUAAUGUCCUGUUUCAAGGUCACCGAGUCCAACAAAAAGAAGUUACCGAUAAUCUUGAACCUGCUCUGGGACAAAGGUUGUUUGCACGAUCAAUCAAGAGCAUCGAAAAAGAUAAUCGAUUCGGAAUUGGUUGAAGCAGCUGCAUUGAUCUUCGACAACUCUAGCCACCUUUUGACAGGCCAGUUAUUGGACCAAAAGGAGAGGUUUGACGUCGGUACAAUUGAGCGAUUGUUGGAUCGCGUAAUAAAGAGCGAAAUAAACAGUUUUUUCUGCCGCUCAGCGCUCGUGGGCUUGCUUUUCGAUAAGUUUGAUACUGAUAUAAAACUUACUCCAUCACGAAUGGAGGGUCUUGCAAUCUCACUCGCCGCUGCAAGCGACUCUACGGUCGUGAUUGCUAUCCUGAACAGAUGGCUCAACGAUAUUGUCCUCAGUGAGGAAUUCAUUGGAAGAAUUUCAAGAGUAAAGCGCGGGAAUCAAGCUCGCAUUACCCAGAAAGUCCUAAUUACAGCCACCAGGGAAGCGUCCGACCCGCAGAUGAUCAACUUGCUUCUAGAAAGACAAGAUCCCGUAACAACGAUCAACAAAGAUGUUUUUUUAGCCACUGCGAGGAGAAGCUCAAAAAAAAGCGAAUUUAUGCAAAUUUUAUUUGACGCGUGUGGGUCAGAUGCUGUCAUUGAUGACGAGAUCAUCCAAGAAAUUGCAGACAACAGGCACGAGGGACUGCGUAUGAUGAAACUGCUUAUUUGCAGACAACAAGCUGGCUUCGUGGUCACCAAGCAGACAUUCUGCAAAGCUGCUAUGCACAGCAACCGAGAAAUGAUGGAGCUCCUUGUGAACAAUACCAGUGGCUCUGAUCUUCCCAUCACGGAGGAGACUUUGGUUGCAGUAGCUGAGAAUGUUUUGCAUGGAGAAGCCUUGAUCAAGUAUCUUUUCGAUCUUAAAGGUCACGAUCUUCCCGUUUCAGAAAGCUUAUUGGUCUCGAUGGCCAGUAUCAAGCAUUACUCCGCAGCUGAUAUUGUUCUCGCAUUUAUUUUGGAGAGAUGGGCAGAAAUGCCAGUGACUGAUGAGUUGUUGGAAGCGGCAUGUCUUCAUCCCAAUUCCUUGAAUCUGCUAUUAGACCGACGGCACGACUGCCUUCCGAUCCGGAAAAUGGUUCAAAAAGCAGCAACGGACGAGACAAGGGCUUGCGAUACUUCUCAAUCGGCAGCUUAUGCAAGUCGACGACUGGCUAAUUGA